AUGGGGAUAAAUUCAGCACUUUCCCGACCUGUCCCAUUACAAGUGCCGAGCAGCAGUGUCCAUCCCGGCCAUCCCUGUGCUUCCCCUGUCCUGCAGACGCUGCGGGGCUACCACUGGCGAGGCAGAGACUGCGACGACAGCACCAGCGCCGUGUACCCCGGCAGACGUCCCGAUAACUGGGAUGCGGAGAGGGACUCUAACUGCAAUGGCAUAUGGGGUGUGGAUCCAAAGGAUGGGAUUCCCUAUGAGGAGAAGUUCUGCAAAGGUGCGGAUUCACAAGGGGUGGUGCUGCUGGGGGACUCAGCCGGCGCUCACUUCCACAUCCCCCCCGAGUGGAUGACCGUCCCGCAGAUGUCAGAGAAAUCGUUUGCCAAUCUCCCAAUGGCUUUCAGCAACGAGCUGGACUGGCCCCAGUUCUCAGAGGUCACCGGGUUUCUGAACUCCACCAUCGGAGGCUGGACGGACUCCCUGUACCUGCGCCUACGGAGCAGGAACCGCUGUAAUCACAGGGACCUGCAGAACAUCUCCAAAAACGGUGGCUCCUCGGGAAACCUCCUCGAGUUAAUAAAGAGCUUGGCCAGGCACCAGCAGUUGGACAACCCAGCCAUCGUGGUGUACGCUAUGAUUGGGAACGACGUCUGCAACGGGAAGGAGGACACGCUGGCUUCCAUGACCACCCCCAGGGAGAUGCUCUCCAACGUGAUGCAGGCGCUGCGGUACCUGGACAGCCGCCUCCCGAACGGCAGCCACCUCAUCCUCACGGGCUUGGUGGAUGGGCGCUUCCUCUGGGAUAACCUGCACCAUAGGUACCACCCCCUAGGGCAGCUCAACAGGGACGUCACCUACAGCCAGCUCUAUUCCUUCCUCGACUGCCUCCAGGUGAGCCCCUGCCGGGGCUGGAUGACUCCCAAUGAGACCCUCAGGAACCUGACCUCGGAGAGAGCUUCACAACUUUCCAGUGUCCUCAAAGAGAUAGCGACCUCAGAGAGAUUUGCCAACUUUGAUGUUUUCUACAUGGAUUUCCCACUGACACAAACAGCCGAGCAGUGGCGCAGGAUGGGCGGGGAGCCCUGGCAGCUGAUCGAGCCCGUCGAUGGCUUCCACCCCAGCCAGGCCGCUGCAGCCCUGGGCACCAGCAUCACCUGGCAGAAGGCCCUGCAGGAGUGGCCCCGGGUGCUGGGGAAGGAGAAUCCCUUCAACGAGCAGAUAGAAGCUCUCUUCCAGGACCAAGGUGGACACUGA